UCCAUUUCUAAAUUUGCAGCACAGCUCCCGGAAAUGCUGCUUUCUUUUCGAGCUUGACAGCAGACAGUCUUGAUCAGGAAGCGCAGCAAGUUCAAGCCGGCCGGCAAAGGAGGCAAAAGUGACGAGGGCACCACAGGCUGACUGGCUGGCUGGCUGGAGAAGAGGAGAGGAGAGGACCGAAGCGAAGAGAAGAGGAGGGACAAAGAUGAUGGGAGCGAAAAUGAUUGCUGCACACAAGUGACCCACUUGGAACUGAAGGCACGUUAAGAAGAAGAAGAAGAAGAAGAAGCCCGAUUGCAGAACCCGAGGAGUUGACGAAGAUGUCGGCGUCGGCGCUGUUUAUAUUGGACCUGAAGGGAAAGGUCUUGAUCUGCCGUAACUACAUGGGAAACAUGGAUAUGAACGAGAUUGACCACUUCAUGCCCUUCCUGAUUAAGCGGGAAGAUGAGGCCGAGACCACUCCGCUCAUCACCCGCGGCUCCUCGCACUUUCUGUGGAUCAAACAUAACAACCUUUAUUUGGUGGCCAUGACCAAAAAGAAUGCCAAUGCUGCUCUGCUUUAUUCCUUCCUUUACAAGAUGGUGCAGGUGUUGCAGGAGUACUUUAAAGAGCUGGAGGAGGAGAGCAUUCGCGACAACUUUGUGACCGUCUACGAGCUGAUGGACGAAGUCAUGGAUUUUGGUUUCCCACAAACAACUGACAGCCAGAUUCUUCAAGAGUACAUUACCCAGCAGGGUCACAAACUGGAGAUUGGGGCUGUCCGACCUCCUGCCACUGUCACCAAUGCUGUGUCUUGGAGAUCAGAGGGCAUCAAGUACAGAAAGAAUGAAGUUUUUAUGGAUGUCAUUGAGUCCGUAAAUCUACUGGUGAAUGCAAGCGGGAGUGUCCUUCGAAGUGAGAUCGUAGGCUGCAUUAAGCUUAAAGUGAUCCUUUCAGGGAUGCCUGAACUCAGACUGGGCCUCAAUGACAAAGUGCUUUUUGAAAUCACAGGCAGAGACAAGAGUAAAACGGUGGAACUGGAGGAUGUAAAGUUCCAUCAGUGUGUCCGUUUGUCGCGUUUCCAGAAUGACCGCACCAUUUCUUUCAUUCCUCCUGAUGGCGAGAGUGAGCUCAUGUCCUACCGGCUCAACACAAUGGUGAAGCCGCUCAUAUGGAUCGAGAGCGUGAUCGAGAAGUUCUCCCACAGCCGGGUCGAGAUCAAGGUGAAGGCUCGUAGUCAGUUUAAGAGCAGGUCAACUGCCAACAAUGUGUCCAUUUUGGUGCCAGUGCCCAGUGAUGCCGACUCACCAAAGUUCAAGACCAGCACAGGCACUGCCAAGUGGUUGCCCGAGAAGAAUGUGGUGCAGUGGAACAUCAAAUCUUUCCCUGGUGGCAAGGAGUACCUGAUGCGGGCACACUUUGAGCUACCCAGUGUGGAUAGCGAUGAGUUGGACGCCAAACGACCAAUCUUGGUUAACUUUGAGAUCCCCUAUUUUACUGUGUCUGGCAUUCAGGUGCGUUACCUAAAGAUUAUAGAAAAGAGCGGUUACCAGGCCUUGCCUUGGGUGCGCUACAUCACACAAAGUGGAGAUUACCAGCUGCGGACAAACUAAAGGGCUCGGGCAAAGAUGCUGCCGGACGAAUGGCUCUCUGUGUCUUCCUCUCCUGUCCCUCCCUAUGUGCUCCUUACCGUGUUCCCUUUGAAAUGUAUGAAUUUCCAUUCUUUUCUACUUUUUUCAGACCUGUCGUUUGUGUGAGUAACAGCAGUCGAUCAAUGGCAGCCAGUGGAUGAACAAAUUACCAAGCAUUUGCCUCGUGUAUUUCAUCAUCAUGGAAACUUUUAGCAUUUUUUUUUUAAUCCGUUUGUGUUUAAAAUAUUAAUCUACUUUUUUGUACUUAAGGCUCUUUUACUCUCCGAGGCAGAA